AUGGAUGAUGUGGGUGCCCAGUCCAAGUUCAACUUUGCUGCGUUUGUGGAUGACGAGGACGAUGAUGAACAUCAUGAUCUGAUAUCGGCAGCGAUUGCGGUCCAUGGCGAGGGCAUGGUGGAUGAUUUUCACGACCCCUUCCUGCAACGCGACGAAUCGAAGGAGGCGAGCCACGAUUGGGAGCUGGAGGAAAAUCACCCCGCUCCAUUCGAUGACACGGAAAAUCGCGAUUACAAAGAGUGCAAUGACGACUACGACGACCAUCGACCAUCCUCAUCCCUCCUGCACGUCAGUGGCGGUGCACAACACAACAAAAACAAGAUGAAGACAACAUUGCAUGAUGAUGACGACAUUAUGCCAACAAAACUCAGCGAUGACGGGCUCGAUGCGAUCGGCGAGGAGAUCAAAGAGAGGAGCGCACGGGAGGAGAAGCGGCUCAAGUACCGCCAGACGAUGGUCUACUGCGGGACCUACGUCGCCCAGGGCAUGGCCGGCGGCUGCAUCGGCCCCACCCUCCUCCUACUCGCCGCCAACACCUCCUCCACCGUCGACGACAUGGGCCUCAUCUUCACCCUCCGCGGCUUGGGCUGGAUUUUGGGGUCGCUGUGUGCGGGCCGGCUGUACGAGUCGACGGGCAAGCGGUCGCACGCGGUGCUGUUCGGGUCGACGAUGACGAUGGCCGCCUUCCUCUUCGUCUUCCCGUUCGCCCGUUCGCUCUGGCUCCUGCUCGCGCUGCAGGCCGUCAACGCCUUCUUCGCCUCCUUCAACGACGUCGGCGCCAACACCCUCAUGUUCCAGGUCUGGCAGCGCCAGGUCGCCCCCUACAUGCAGUUCCUCCACUUCUCCUACGGCGUCGGGUCGACGUCGGCCCCGGCCAUUAUUGCGCUGGUGCUGCUCGUGGCCCCGUCGGACGCGCAGCUCCUCUGGUGCUACUGGGUGCUGGGCUUUCUGGUGAUGCUGCCCUCCUUCUUCGCGCUCGCGGUGCCCAGCCCCGCCCCGAUCGCCGCCGCCCCGGCGCCCGACAGCGACGCCACCCGCAACAAUGGAAGCCAGGACGCGCCCAAGUGGCUGGGCUACCUCAUCAUCUUCCUCACCGCGUUCUCCCUCUUCACCUACGUGGGUAUCGAGAUCGCGUACGGCGGGUGGAUCUUCACGUACGCCGUGAACGAGUUCCACAUGGGCGAGACCGAAGCCGACUACCUCUCCUCGGCCUUCUGGCUCGCCAUCACCAUCGGACGACUCCUCGCAGUGCCGCUGGCGACGCGGUUCAGUUCGCGGUCGAUGCUGCUGACGGACCACAUCGGAUCGACCCUGGCCAUCAUCCUGGCCAUCGUCGUCGUGCCCUUCAAGAACAACUUCUCCCUGUGGGUGGUCACGCUGCUGUACGGCGUCUUCAUGGCCUCGAUCUACGCGCUGGUGUUCAGUUUCCCAUAUCAGCUGGGCGUCGCCAUCACCAGCCGCGCCUCCAGUCUCCUCGUCGUGGGGUCGAGCCUGGGCGCGAUGCUGGUGCCGAUGGGCGCCGGGUUCAUCUUCAACAAGAUCGCGUCGUCGCUGCUCAUGUGGACCAUCCUGGCGGGCAACCUCGUGCUGCUGGCCGUCUACGCCCUGCUCGCCCUCUUCCUCCCGCGCUGCAUGGGCAUCACCGUCACCGCACACGCCGCCGGCGCCACCGCAGCAAUCAACGACGACGACGACGACGACGACGAAGUGGCGCAGAUGAUGAAGAUGGUGGACGAAGGAGAUGAUGAAGAUGAAGGUCAUCGUGCAUCGCGACGAAAAGCCCACCAGCAGGGCAAAGGCGCCUUCGAGCUGGUGCCCCUUGGAGUUGGUGGGGAUGAUGACCACCCAUAA